CUCUUCCAGUCCGUUGCCCCGGUAACCCGGAAGCUUCACGCGCUCUGUGCAGCUCUGGUCAGAGUUCUUCCUGUUUAGAAAUUUUAAGGAAGCUGCAGCAACUGGACUGUCGCAAAACGCAUAUGGAUUCUUCCUAGUCACCCGUGGGAGGGGAGGACCCAUGCUCUGUCAUCUUUGUGCUUCCACCAUAACUCUGUGCAUACUGUGGAUCACCAUGGCCCAGGUUUCUGGCCAGGAGGACAAAGAGAAAACCACUGCUCUCAAAGACUUGCUGUCAAGAAUUGACUUGGAUGAACUAAUGAAGAAGGAUGAACCUCCUUUUACUUUCCCCAAAACACUGGAGGAGUUUGAAUAUGCUUUUGACGAAGAUGGCCAGCUCAGACACAUUAAAACUGGUGAGCGCUUUGUAUUCAAUGCCAGAGAAGAUCUUCACCGCUGGAACCAGAAGCGCUAUGAAGCUCUUGGAGAGAUCAUCACUCAGUAUGUUUACAAGCUGUUGGAGGAAAAGUGCAAGCUGAGGAAAGAAGUCAUACCAGUGGAUGCAUCGGAUGGUGAACCUACUAGUUUUAUUUACAUGAGCUCAGAUGCCUUGACUAAUCCAUCCAAGUUGCUGAUCCUGAUCCAGGGAAGUGGUGUGGUACGAGCGGGUCAAUGGGCACGCAGACUGAUCAUCAACCAGGACCUGAACUCUGGAACCCAAAUUCCCUUUAUUGAGAGAGCUAUGGAGGACGGCUAUGGUGUCAUGGUCCUGAACCCCAACGAGAACUUCUUUGAGGUGGAAAAGCCUGCAAAAAUCUCCCCCAUUCCCUCACCGACGGAACCCUCAGACGAACCAGCUGAAAAGAGGGAGCGCAAAGACAACAAAGAGGGCAAAAAAAAGAAGGAAUUUUACGAGAAAUACCGUAACCCACAGAAAGAGACGGAGACUGAACGCAUUCCUAUACGGGGAAGUGCUUCCUCAGAAGAGCAUGUGCUUUACGUGUGGGAUUACUUCGUGUCCAAAGCUUUGGCCAAGAAUGUCUUCAUUGUGGCUCAUAGCUACGGAGGGUUGUCAUUUGUUGAACUGAUGAAUCAAAGGGAGAUUCAGGUGAAGAACAAAGUGUGUGCUGUUGCUCUUACUGACUCCAGCCACAAUAUUUGGCUACAGGACACCAGCAAAGGAACACAAGACUGGAUGCAUCAGUGUUGUCAAAACUGGGUAUCCAGUCCGGAACCCUUGGACACCCCCCUCGAUUCCAUGCUGCCAGACUGCCCCAGGUUUUCUGCAGGCACAGAGAGACAUGAGCUGACCUCCUGGAUAAGUUUCAAAUCCAUCUUCAAGUUCUUCAGCGAGGCCCUAAAGGCAAAAGAAGACGAGGAGCAGGAGGAGAACUCCAAUACCGUCACCACGCGCAGCAGCUCCCACAAAAACAAACACCAGGAUCUGUAGUGAGGCACUGACAUCACUUUGGAAUAGACGCAGGUUUUUGAGGUGUGGGAUAAGGAAGUGGGUAGAUUGGAAUCAAAUGUGGAAGUUCAUAAACGGUCUGCUGUCUUUUUCUUCUUUUUUUUCAUUGUCUCGUCCUCUGUAACCUCUCUCAUGAUUUUUCUCUUCAGUGUCUUGCCUGAGUGUCAUUUCUCCCCUCCAGCUCUUCCUGGCUUUGCACUCACACAGUCCCCUAGUUGAUAGAGACAAAAGUACAGGGUCACCAUGUAUACAACACAAUAAUGUUUUGCAUUACUUCUAGUUGAGUGCAACUGUCAAAGCAAUAUGGGCCUGAGUGUUGCUGCUUCCCAUGGGCUGUGGCCUGGCUGUGGGUACGGGCCACAGCAGCAGAGAUUAAGGCUGACAGGCGCUGUGCACAAUGCGCUGUGGUGCACCUCUAAUUGUCCUGACAUCAGCCUGAACUGAGCUAAUGCCCUGCCUGCCCUCCAGUCUGUACUGCUCAGUCUCUUCCUCCCGCCCUCUUUCCUUUGCUGGUCCUAAAGCCUGGAUUUUUAUUCCCCUAAAAUUAUCUCAUCUGGUCAUUUUAUCUUUAAGCCUGAAUAUUUUUAUUUUUGUCAUUUCAAAAUAUAAACUCACAGAAUAUUGUAUAAAGGGGAAGCACUCAUCCUUUGUUGUUUAGACUUUUAAACGGCUUUCAUGUCAAAUUCUGGUUCAACUUUUUUAACUUUUUUAUGAGGUUCCCAGAAAUGAUAAAAGUUUCAGGUUUUUUUUUUCUUAAUGUUGGGCUGUCAAGCAAUUUCCCAGUCUCUUUUUUCCUUCUUUUUUUUUUAUUAAGUCAACACAUCUCAAAGAAAGUAUGUACUUUUGCGUCCUACUAAAUUGUAAAGAGUUCAUAUCUCUGUUUAUUAUACACAUGUAUCAUUUUUCCUUUUUCCCCCAGUGCGAUAUCCUUGUAAUUGAUGCCUGUGGGUGAUUGAAUGUGAUGAAACACAUAAAACAAACACAACCUGUUCUAAUUACAGAGAAUUUAGGAGACUGCAUAUAUAAAAUCACUUAACAUCAAGCAUCAAAAUAGGUUUGAGGGAUAUCUCAUUUUCCCAGGAGCCAGAAGUCAACUCACAGCUCUCAUAAAACCCCAAUAUAUCACCUUACAAAUGUCAGGAAAUUCAAGAUUUCAAUAUUUUUCUAAGCCACAAGGAUAUUUUCUCAGAUGUUUGAGGGGAAAAGAAAACGGAUUUUCAGUCCAUCCGGCCAAGUUUUCGUCAUGUACUUAAAAGUGACAGUCUCCCUGUUUAGCGCUACAUAAUCUGAGUUUAUGACAAAAAAUGUGACCAAAAAAACGGAAGCUGCUUAGGCUUUAUAAACCAUUCAAGGCUUUAUGGAAAACAAUUCUAAUGCGUCUUGACAUUCGGAAAAACUCAAAACUGGAUAUGGAAACGUGUGAUAUCAUUGAGCAAUUGUACAUUUCUGUUCGCCAUCAUUGUGAAGCGUGCACGCCCCGCCUCUCCUGCUCUUUAUGUGCGUGCUUUGAGGCUCUCCUGGAUUAUAUUUCUACCUUCAUUAAACAAGUGUGGCUGAUGGCUAAUUUUCUUUUAAUUUGAUUCAGAUCUCCCCAGGUUCCUGCAAAAGAAGUUGGCUUAUUAUUUGAUUUGAUGAGUUUCUGUUGCUCACCUUUGUGCCCUUUUCUUACUCUUGAUUUUUCUUUUUUCUUUACAAUGUGUAUAAUGUUGCCUUAGGAAUAAACAGGACUCAUCAUACCGUUUUUAAUAUCCAACAAGCCAUAAAUGAGCAGAUGUGAAUAUGCGAGGACUCCCUCAAUCCAAGGCACAUGUCUGCAGAGAAAGGAGGGGCAAUUUUUUAUUACUUUAGGUCUUGAAGAUUUUAUUUUUCUUUUCCUCUGGUAUUGAUUUAACCUAACUGCCCUUUUUGUUUUUUAUCAAAAGUUUUUAUUUUGUUUGUUUUUGAAAUUAAAAAUGCUCUGUCAAAUGACAUAAUGUUAUUAGGUUCUGUUAUUUUUGAUCACCCAUGCUGUCUAAAAGUGAUUUAACUGCUUCUGUGUUUCUGUACAAAUAUUGUCUUACAUGCUUCAAAACUGUAAUUUACCUAUUAAAUCAAAUAAAGUAUUUCUUGUCUUUUU